UUUACUGUUGUAUUAAUAGUAUUUCUUUCAUUCACUUUGUGUUUAUUUCAUGCUGCCAUGAUUUUAUUGGCAGAGUGUGUAACAGCAUUCAUGAGCAGAAUUUCACUCUUGUGCAAUAUGAGUCUUUCAAAGAUGUCAGUCAGUGCAGCCCUCAGCUUUACUUCACUGUUGUUCCACUUGGCCCAUGCACUCCCUCCACAGUUUAAGAUUUUCUCAUCUGACAUUCUGUUGUAAGAACUAACAUUUUGAAUAAUUAAACAUUAGGAAGGCAAUCUUCUUUGCCUCUACAGCUGUCUUUAUGAAUUUUGCUUUCAAUUUCCAUCUUGCUCUCACCUUAACCUGGUCCAUCUCCUCCUUCCUCUUUCCCUUCUUUGACAUCUCUAUUUUCAUUUCCAGAGCUAUACUAAUCACUGAUAUCUAUUACGAACCCACCAACUCCCACAGUUACAUUAACUAUAUAUUCUCACACUCUGUUUCCUGUAAGGACUCCAUUCCAUUUUCCCCAGUUUCUCUGCAUUCAUGCAUCUAUUCUGAUGAUGUCACCUUUAGAAGACGAGGCUUCAGAAACAUCCACCUUUCUUCUUCUUCCGAGGAUUUCCUGCCACUGUAGUUGGCAGGACCAUCGGGUGUGUCUGACGCACUUCCUGACCUUCUGCCCUCACCCCUUCCCUCCUACAACAAGGGUGGAGUCACCCUGGUCCUCAAUUUCCACCCCACUAGACUUGCAUCCAAAGGCUCAUAAGCAGCCAUUCCUAACAACUCCAGUCAGAUGUCACGCAACCAGACACAUAUUCCCCUCCUUUGCUUGUUAGCCUCCGGGACACUUCCUUAACUCCCAACAAUCCCAUGGAACUUUCCCAUGCAUUCACAGAAGGUGCAACACAUGCCCGUUUGUCUACUCUCUCCUCACCUACCAAAGCCCCUGAUACUAGAAUCAAACUGUGAACUCCUUUUUUUUUUCUAUCCAUAGAUGCUGCCAGACCUGCUCAGUUACUCAAGCACUUUUUUUUGUUUUAGAUUUCCAUCAUCUGUAGUUCUUUAGUGUUUAUUGGACAGUGUGUGAACAUGUGGGUUUAUGGAUGUAUGUGGCAGAAAUAAGGGAAACACAGCUUUACAUUGUUGGGUGUGUAUAGUUAUUCCCAACAGAUAGAUUAAUACUCUUUCACAUUGAAGAGAACUUUGAGUAAUCAGUGAGAGAAUCAAACAGAGAAUAAACUUAAUGUUGAAGACUUCAAUCUACAUUACCAUGAUUAGCUCAGAAGUGCCACCUUUGACUGUUCAAAUGUUCAGCAAAAUGGCAUGGGGGAGUAACCAACUUGAAUCUUGGAAGCAGAAAGUAGUUAGUUUAACGUUUAGCAUUGGGAAAAUUGUUGGAAUCCAUUAAGGAAGUAAUAACAUUUGGAAAGUCAAAAUGCAAUCCAUCAGAGUCUUUAUGAUUUUACGAAGGGUAGAUUAUGUUUGACUAAUUUGCUAGAGAUCUUUGUAGUUGUAACGAGCAAUAUAGAUCAUGGGAAUCUUGUAGUAUAUCUAGACUUGCAGAAGGCAUUUGAUACGUGCUGCACAAAAGUUAAGAUCAUAUGGGGUUGGGUCAUUUAUUAUUUUGGAUAUAGGCUUGGCCAACUAACAGAAAGCUGGAAGUCAGGAUAAAUGGUCUUCUGGUUGGCAAGAUGUAACUGGAGGGGGUGCCACAUGGUUUAGUCCUUGGGCCCCAACUAUUUACAAUUUAUAUUAAUCACUUGAAUGUGGGGAUAGAAAGUAUGAUCACAAAUUUUUCAGAUGACACUAAAACAGCUGCGAAGGAAUGUAAAGAGCUUGCACCAUGACAACAGGGAAAAUGAUUUCUUCUCGUUUGCCUCCUCUUCCCACCAUUGGAGAAAUUAUCAAAUUAUAUAAGCUGAGAGCUAAAAAGCAGCUAUCUCAGAACUUCUUGUUGGAUUUAAGAUUAACAGAUAAAAUAGUUCGGCAUGCUGGGAAUCUGAAGAACGCCUAUGUCUGUGAAGUGGGCCCGGGCCCAGGUGGCAUCACUCGAUCAAUUCUUAAUACUGGCAUUGCAGAAUUACUUGUGGUUGAAAAAGAUACUAGAUUUAUUCCUGGUUUACAGUUGCUGGAUGAAGCAGCACCUGGGAAAAUGCGCAUCAUUCACGGAGAUAUUCUGACCUACAAGCUGGAAAGGGCUUUUCCAAAGCAUUUUCAAAAUGUGUGGGAAGGUGACCCUCCAAAUGUGCACAUCAUUGGCAAUCUUCCUUUCAGUGUUUCAACACCUCUCAUUAUCAAGUGGUUGGAGAAUAUUGCAAAUCGUAAUGGACCGUUUAUCUUUGGGAGAACACAGAUGACACUAACAUUUCAAAAGGAGGUUGCAGAGCGUCUCACAGCAAGUACUGGCAGUAGGCAAAGAAGCAGACUAUCUAUAAUGGCUCAAUACUUGUGUAAUGUAAAGAGCUGCUUUACUAUUCCAGGCAGAGCCUUUGUUCCAAAACCUAAGGUUGAUGUCGGCGUUGUGCACUUCGUGCCUUUGGUGCAACCACAAAUUAAUCAACCCUUUAAACUGGUGGAAAAAGUGGUGAGACAUACCUUCAGCUUUAAGCGAAAGUACUGUCGAAGAGGAGUUGAAACUUUAUUUCCUGAAGCUCAGAGAUUACAGCUAACGGAACAAAUGCUGUGUAUUGCUGAUGUUGACCCUACACUUAGACCAGGUGAACUUUCGAUACCUCAGUUCAGAGCUCUUUGUGAUGCGUAUAACCAACUGUGCAGUGAAAACCAAAAUCUUUUCACUUACGACUUCAGAGAAGAAUUACGACAAAAGAAGCUUUCGCAUAAACCAAAUAAUCAGAGAAAUGUGAGAUAAGCGAAGGUUAAAACUUCGAAAAUCUGGAUAUUUGUAUUAGUUACUAAGGCUAUAUCAAAUUGACAUUCAAUAAAAAUGCUCUUAAGAUCUGCUUUAUAAUAUAUCAUCUCAAAUAAAAUGCUUCCAUUAGAAUGGUUUACAUCUAACUUGGGCAAAGCACUAUGCAUUUGCAAUAGAAGGAAUUGAAAGCUGAUUUUUAGGGACUGCACUGUUUUAUCCAGUGUAUUCAUGGGCAAUAUAGCAGAAAAGCUCUGAGGCUGAAUAAUGAGGUAAAUUAUGUUGGUGAUUUCAAACUGCGUUCAUUUUGUACUUAUGUUAAUACAUUGACCAAUAGUUUUUAUAAAUAUGGGUUUAUGGCUGUAGCUUCCCAGACAGAUAUCAGUACCUGAGAAGAAGCUGUUAAAAUUUCGAGUUCAAAAGCAUGGACCAGUGUUCAGGAAAUAUUCAAGAUAGCUAGUUGAGGUGGGAUGAGUGGCUGAGGGCAAAGACAAAUAGUAUUGGAUACAUUCCUAAGAUAUUAUGAUACGUGGUUGAGUUUACAACAGAUUGUGCAGUAAGGAUUGUAGAGAUUGGUAUGCUCACUUGUACCAAAUUACAUUAAUUUCUUUUCUUCGCCUCCCUCUACUGAACCUUGAGGUUAAACUAGCUUUGAAAAUCUCCAGAGUUUGGAUUAUACAGAUAGCAUAUUGAUGCAUCAAUUGACCAAAGAGCAAGUUUAAUUACAGCUGUUUAUCUCACAAGCUCAAUUCAGCAUACUGAUUGCAUCAUAAUGGCACUGAUGGAUAGCAUAUUUGAUCU